AUGGAGACGAUAUUAAAGAAGUACUGCGUUGCUGCGAAGGGGAUGGCCGUGUCUGUUAUCGUGUAUCUGACAGUGAUAGAUGAAGCGGCGCUGGAGACAGAAAUAGGGAAGAUCGAUGACAGUUUGGCUGACACAGGAGAGCUGUGCUGGAAUACUGGAUGCCCGGGGCUGUCCCGGAAUCAUUCGUAAGUAUGCAGCGGAAGAUGAUGCGUCUCUGGGUUUUGCUAUCUGUGGCCCAGCGGGCAAGUUGUAUGACGUCCGCAGUGCAGCUGCAAAUUUGCAGAAGGACGUACUUGGCAAGAGACCGCAAGAAAUAUACCUGCACAGCGAGUACCUCUCGUAAUUAUACACUUUACAAUGCCUUCGCACU